AUGGCGAGUAAGCGGCGGAAGGCGGCGGCGAAGAAAACAGGAGUGGGCGCGUUUUGUCUGAAGAGCCCCGCGAGGAGUAGCAGCAGUAGCAGGCGAAAAGCUGCUGCGGAGGACGCCCAAGAUGGAGAGAGCCCCUGCAGCAAAGCGGAGGAAACAAGUUCAUAUAAGACGCCAAAGAGAAGACUGGCUAGCAGAUCACGCUUGCCUACCUUCAGUUCUCCUGUGAAUGAAACUGACAUACAGCAAGAGAUCUUCUGGGAUCCUCAUUCACCAAUUGCACCUAAGCUAGGCAAUGAACAAAAGAAGCAGGCAGUAAGCGGUCGUACGGUUGACAUCUCGGAAAUUGUUAAUCGGAUUGCUCCUCAGGAUGAAAGACCUGCCUGUAAUGAAGGAUCUCUGCUGGGGUUGUGGAUUGGUGAUGAUGCAAUUCCUUGUACUCCUGGACUAACGAAAGUACGAUCUAGAGUAAAAGUGAAUGGGGCAAGAGGUCUUCGGUUAAAAAACAGAGAAGAGGAGCUUAUGAAGCUGGCAAAGCAAUUUGAUAAAAACCUGACUGAUGCAAUCCAGGAUCAAGAUGCUCCAUGCCACAAUGUUGCUCACAUUUCAUCAGAGGGAAAGACGUCAAUUGAACCUCAAGAUGGAGUAGCUAAGGAGGAUGCAGGGUCAGUGGAGCACUGUGAAAACGGUAGUCAGAAGUCCAUCGAUUUUGAGGCUGAAGUCGCUCUUAAUGACCUCUUUGAUUGCUCCACCCAGAAAUGUAGUGGUCAGCUGAGCCAAAGCCUGUCAGAUUGUUCUUCAAACUCUAGUUUCCAUGGAAACCGGAACACUUUGCUAAAGGACAAGCACACUUCAGAUAAUGCCACAGCUGCUAGUGAAUGUGUAGUUAGAGAUGGACCUCAAAGGCAAGUCUCAUCACUUGCUGUAGAAUGUAUGGCAGCCAUUCCACCUGAAAAAGCUGAAAUGACUUCGGAGCAAACAGUUCCAAUCACCAGCUCUUCCAAGGUAGACUUGGUUGUCUCCAAUAAGCUUGACAGAAUUGUCGGCGAUGACUUUGAGGACUGGGGUGCUGAUUUGUUGCCGGAUGACUCAUUUGUCAUGCAAAUUACUCAGGACCCUGAGCUGAUAAAUAUUCCAGCCAAUGCAUUAUGUCAUACUUCUAACAAAAGCAGUGAAGCAAAGAAAAGCACUGCAGGUUCUGAAAAACCUUACACUUUUGAUUCCUCUAAUAAAGUUCCAGCAUCAUGUGCUUUACAAAAAACAAGUGUUCAGAUAGAAACACCCAAGGCAAUUCUUCUGCAUAAAGAUUUCUCUUUAAAAACCGAUAAGAUGGAGUCCAUUUCAGAAAGCUGUCCAAACAAAACUUCUGGCUGUAAUUCUGUUUCAGUGAAAUCUGGAAAUAAGAGCGUCCAGGGCGGUUUUACUCAACUUAAAUGUGUCCGUAAUGAUAACUUCUCUGAAAAAAGAGCUGCUUUGAUUUCAGUGCCUUGUCUCCCUAAACCACAGACUGGAAAAUAUAGAAGCAACAUGCACAGUGUUAAUUAUCAGUUGUCCACCGUUUCUGCCACUACAAAGGCUCUUGACCGAAAGAAAGCAACUAGUCAAAGAAGUACAGGUCAUCUGAAGCAGACAGACGUGCCAAAGAAAAAUGUGCUUUUGUUUGAUGAUUGGAAUGAGCCUAGGUUCUCGGAUGACGUUCUCGACUUGUUUUGUGAAUCGAAUAGUCUUUGGGGGGCAAACUGUGACGACGACGACUUGCUUUAUCAAGUCUGCGAUGAUGUGGAAAAAAGCUCUCUGAGCCAGGAGGUUGCGAACGAGAAUGAAAAAGCUAAAUCGGUGGUAGCGAGUGCUUCCAAGUUAAAGGUGGGUUCAUGCCUUGCAGUACCGAUUCAGGGACUUUCACAUUGCCUGCAGGCCCAUGUGGGCAGGAAAACCUUCUCAUUGGAUCCUCCAGUUACAAUUACAAAGCCGCUGAAGAAUGAGAAUUCUGCAAAUUCACCAGUACAGCAUACCUGUGCACCGUUUAAAUCUGAGAGUGUCAAUGGUGUUCCGGGGAAAUGGCGCAGGUCUCUUUCAGUGCCUGAAGGAGGCUUUGCUUCCGGAAGUAGCUCAGCCACUCUCUCAACCACGUGUCUAAAUGUUAAUAAUAUGCAGUGGCAGAAUGGCCUCUAUAAUGUUGCCAAGGUACAGAAUAGCAGCAAAAUUAAUCAAGUGUCAGCUGAAAAGGUGAAAUAUGUGUUCCGGAAGACGAAUAGUUCCCAAGCCCUUGUAUUGGACCAUAAAAACGUAAAUAUAGGCGACCUUUCUCGAACUAAGCUAGGGCUGUGGGAAAGCAAGAAUGCACCAAACAUCCCAUUUCAGGCAACACUACAAAUGAAUCAGAAGCCAGCCUUUAAGAGGCACCUCUCUGAUGGUUUUGCACAGUCUGGAACAGACCAGAGAAGUAGAAAGUGUUCUCAAGAAGAAAUUGCGAGGAAAAAGCAAGAAGCUCUUGAGCGGAGAAAGUGUAAAAUGCAAGCAUCGCUCAAAAAUACAGCACCUACCUGAGUGUGAUCAGCAAGCUGGAUGUAGAGGGAUUUUUGACAGCUGGACAAAGUCAUGUAACCGACAUUAUUAUUUUUCAAUU